AAAUCAUCAUCAUCAUCAUCAACACCAUCAUCGAGUAUCCAUGCAUUCAAUUUAAAAACAACGCAUACGAGCUAUAUAAUGAAAAAAAAGAGAAAACUAAAAGAGGAUACCAAAAUACAUGCAUAUAGAAAAAAAAAUAAUUCAACCAUCCAAAAAAAAAACGAAAUCAUCAAGCAAUCAACACAAAACGCAUGAUGUUCUCAUGGUUGUGAUGGUGGUAGUAGUAGUUUGAUUAAUUCAUUUUUUGUUUGUUGACGAUAUUACACAAUCCUAUUCAACAUUCAUGCCUGGUAUUCAUUGUUGUUGUCAAUGAUCAUCAUUGAUGAUGAUCGUAAACGAUCGUAUAUUCAUUCACGAAUUAUCAUGUUUAUAUGAAAUUCUGUUAUUAUUUUCGUGAUUAUUGUUACAAAAUAUAUUGACAUUUGCGCAGUGUGCUUUUCUUUGUUUAGUUUUUUUUUCAUUGUUUUGGUUUUCAAUUUGUCUUUUUGUUUAUGAAUUAUUGGAUAAUAAGAAUAUAUUUCAUCCUUCAAGAUUCCUAAAACAACACUAAUAAUAAUAAUAAUUCCAUUUUGUGCGCAAUUUUGAAAUAUCAUCAUAAAACGAAAUGAAUGCACGUUCUACAGCAUUCGAAUUUACUUGUCUGGGUAAACGCAUCAAUGAAAUUGUAUCGGCCAUUUUCCAUUCUGUGAUUUUCAAUAGAUGUUUUGGAAAGUUUCAAUAUAAACAACAAAAUUCCUAUUCAAUUGGAACACUAGGUUUCGAAGAGAUCAUCUGUGAUUUCAUCGAUUUUACCUACAUUCGUGUGGCAUCAGUUGAUCUGGCAAAAACAGUCAAUAAUCAAAUCAAAAUAUUUGUCGAUGAAUUACGAGCAUUGAAUAAUCAAUACUCAAAUGCUGCCAAUCCUACAAAUCAAACUGGCCGUCGGCCAGCAUCUGCAUUAUUCAAUUUGGAUAUUGUACCUGAAAGCUCUCAACAACAUAAAAAAGCACAAAGACGUUCGUUAUCAUCAUUAUAUUCAACUACAUCGGCUACUGGUAGCAUUAGUUUGGAAUUUUUACUCAAAAAUAAAAGUCGACCAUUCGUCUUUGACUCAUUAGUUUGGGAAGUUUGGACAUUGAAAAUUAAUUGCCUGAAAGAUGGUUUAAAUGAGUCACCAUUUAAUAAGACCAGCAUUGAAGAUCAAUUGUUCGAUAAGAUAACAUCUAUAGUAUCGAUCGUGAACCAACCGAAUGCCUUUUUACCUGCUAUGCCUUCCGAAUCUGAAUUGGAUAAUGUAUUUGAUACAAGUUAUUCGGAUAUUCAACCAUAUAACUUCAAGAUCUCAUACAAAGUUGGUGGUAAAGAUUCGAAUGAUGCACGUACAAGUGGAUCAUCGGAAAAAGGUCUUGGACAAAUGUUGGGCCAACCGGGACAGGAAAGGUUACGAAAAUUUUUCGAAAAACUUUCCCUUUGAAAAAAUGAUUGAAAAUAAUUAAAACAAACAAACAUACAAUAACACAA